CUUCAUCCACCUGUUCAUACUCCCUUCCCUCAGAAACGCUCAGGCAGAGGUAAGAAGAGUAACUGUGCUCAUUAGAUUGCAGUCCUGUAACCCAGCGUGCGUGUGUUACCGUGCUGGACGUAACGUGACGCCGAGAUGAGCAAGGACGGCAUCAAAAUUGCUGAUGACUACACAGGCUAUGCUCUGUCCCACUUCUGCGUGCCCCGCCACUACGAGGACGACCUGGAGAACGUGCUCAUCCCUUGGGGGCUGAUUCAGGACAGAACAGAGCGCCUUGCCAGAGACAUUUUCCUGGACAUUCGGGAUGAGCCCCUGACUGCCCUGUGUGUGCUGAAGGGCGGGUAUCGCUUCUACACAGACCUCCUCGAUAAACUCACAACCCUCAACCGUUUCCAUGCCUCUGUCUCGGUGCAGCUUCAUGUUGACUUCAUCCGACUCAAGAGCUACGAGAAUGACGAUUCCACAGGUGACAUUCGAGUUAUCGGGGGCGACAACCUGAGCAACCUUCGGGGCCAGAACGUGCUGGUGGUGGAGGACAUCAUUGACACAGGCCGCACCAUGAGCCGCCUCCUGGCCAUCCUGCAGAAACAUGAACCCAAAUCUGUCAAGGUUGCCUCUCUCCUUGUGAAAAGACGCCCGGACUCGACUGGAUACAGGCCGGAUUACUGUGGCUUUGAGGUGCCGGACAAGUUUGUGGUGGGCUAUGCUCUGGACUAUAAUGAAUACUUCAGGGACCUAAAUCAUAUUUGUGUGAUCAAUGACACUGGUAAAGCAAAGUACAAGAUCCAACAAAACUCCCACUAGUUCCCUGCUACUCCAGUGAUCUGAUGCCUUCACACUUCCACCUUCCUUCCAAGCAAGACAACCCUCACACAAGGCAAAGGAAGCUGCCUUGGUAGUAUGGUUCAGUGUACUCAUGGAACUAAUCUUGCUCUGGCACAAUCUGUGUGUGUGUGCUUUUAUAGAUACCAUAGGGACCAUUCUAGGUAAAUGUCUAUCCACUGAAGAGUACCAUGGAAAAAAAUUUAGUUGCAUUCAUGGCUACUUAUCCUUGUGACUUCAUCCAUUGCUUCUCUCCUGCCUCUAUGAUGAAGGCAUGCCAUUAAUCUCCUAACCUUGUUAAUGCACUGUGUAGUAUGUGAAGUAAAACUAGACCAGUAAAUUAAUAUACAAGAUCUCAUUUAAGUGGCAAGAUAGUUAAAGUCACAUUUUCUCUGAUUUUGACAUUAGUGUUACUUGAAGUGGGAGGUGAGAGGUUAGCAUUGUGCCACAAGGUUUUGUUUUGAAAUUAUCUUUACCAUUACUGACUUGAGAGAGGGAGAAAGAGAAGCAUCAUUCAUAAAACACGUCAGCUCACUGAGGGCCACUGCUGGGUCUUUUCUCAUGGUACCCUCCUCUGGAUAGGAAGAAAUGUAAGAAAAAAAAUAUGCACAUUCCAUAAUCAAAUAUAUGUUUUCUAAUAAUUGUAAUAAAAUCUAUUUUCUUAGUCUAUGAUUUGUAAUGUAAAGAUAAUCAUCUUGUAUAGAUUAUUUUAUUUUGGGCCUCAAAUUGGAGGCUGCAGUAGAAAUAAUUUAUCUUGGACACAGUGAAGAAAAUAACACUGGAAUUACCAUGAGGACUAUCUCCUGCCCCGUCCCCCUCCUCGCCCUCUGGUGCCCCGCCCGCCACCCCUCAUUCCUCUGCCCCCUCGUCCCCGCCCCCUACCCCGGCCCCGGCCCCGGCCUGCCUCCUGGGACGCUCGGUGCUUCUCCACCAGUGGCUGCAGGCUGGUGCUGCAAAAGAUGCACCCAGUGGCUGUCAGCUGCCCAUCCUUCAGUUUGCUCUUACCCUGCAGAGAAAAGGCAAGACAAUUUAGUGUGGCUCUGAGGCUCCUGUCCCUCCACACCCUGGAGCUGCAAUGUUGAGACUGUCACCAGCUGGAUGGAAGUGUUCAGGCACUCUAAACUAACUCAAUCUGAUAUGCUGUGAUCUGGAAGAGAGCUGUAUGUGCCAUAUUGACCUACAGGAAUUACUCUAGUUUACAGACAAUUUUUGCAGGUAAAGUUCUUUAUAACUGAUGCAUUAGGUGUAAACUAAAUUUUCCAAAUAUCCCGGUAAAACAUUUUUCAAGUCACUAAACCAAUGUUUCCCCAAUUUCCUUACUGAAUAUCACACUUCCACUUUGUCCAUACUUCUCUUAUCAGUCACAAACAAGGUGGUGUGUACUUGUAUCACUUGAUACUUGCUAUGAAUGUGAUUAGUUGCAUGUCGUGUGUCAUUUGCCGGCCAGAUGCUUGUGCCUCCAGUGAAAGGUCUUACAUUUAUGACGAAAGGAAAGAACCCAGAUGCCCCUUGAGCAUCUGGCAAGUCCAUGGCCCCAGGAAGUGCAUCUUUAUUAAGUUUAACUAUAUCAAAAUUAUUGUUAACCUCACCUCCUUGUAUUCUACAGUGACUGUCUGAGAGCCACAGUCCUCACAGGUGUCCUCAAGAACCUGGACCUUGUUGGCCUUGUCAAAGAGGUUGAUUAUCACAUCACACCUGUAAUAUUUUAGAUAGAUUUUAUCAUUACAAUUUACCACAAAAGCUGUAAAGCAUCAACUAUCUCUGAGUUCAUUAAAUUCAUAUAUUUCUUA